AUGGCGACUUCCUCUCGUCGAGUUCCACUGGCCAGCAUAGCAAAUGCUACCAACUCUCCCCAUCGGCCACUCACCAACAGCAGUUCUAAACGGCCCCGAAGCAUCGCGAACGUGUCCCAGCAGGAGAAUGAACAUCCUCACAAACGCCUGGCCAUAGAUAGGGCUGGGCGAGAGGUGUACAACCCAGCUACCCCACAAAAACAAUCCCAUCUAGCCUUGACGGAGGGUCGUGUCUUUGAAAGAAGCCAUGGGGAGUCUGCAUCGACUGCUUUCCAAAGGAGAUUGGUCGCUUCGAGGGACAAAGAUCGAACUGCUGCGGGUCUUCGUGUGACCAAGAACAUCGAUACACUCUCCAAAGAAGAUUCUGGACUUAAGACAUGGCAACGACACUAUCGGAAAGUGUUUCCCUCCUUCAGGUUCUACUUUGACGGUUUUCCGGAGGAGGUCAAGUCGCGCUUCCUCCGACACAUAACAGCUCUUGGGGCGAAAGAAGAAAAGUUCUUUUCAAAAGCUGUCACACACAUAGUAACAGCUCGCCCUAUCCCGGUGGAGCUGGGGAAGAGCAAUGCGGCCGGAGAUGGAGCUGCACAACCAUCUCCGACUGAAGAACACCCUCAGACCAUUAACCCAUCUUUACUUGAAAAGAACCCUCGUGGACAUGGCGGCUCCCACGUGAUGCGCAAUGCCGUCAACCCAAUGGAUAUCCUCGUUCGGGGGAAAGAAAUGGGCAUGAAGAUCUAUUCCAUUGACAAGCUGCAAAGAGUACUCAACUCUGUCCUCGAUGACACCGGAAAUCAUGGCCAUCACACCAGGGCAUCGGCCCACACCACCCGACUCCAGCACGAAGAUUUGGGGGAAGUCUUGAGGAACGAGAAGCUUGGUGUCGCUUCGGAAAGGGAGUUACCAUCUAUGUCGAUGGUGGCGUUCAAGGGUCCUUUCAUCUAUGUUCAUGACAUGGAUGAGAAAUACCGUCCCACCUUGGUCAGGGACUAUCCGAAAGUGGCACGGAGGACUGAUGGUGAAUGGCCUCAAUUCCGAUCUGCCAGUGUUGGAAAAUGUCCAUUCGUCGAAGACCCUGCCAUGAAGAAGGACAUCGAGCAGGAGCAGAGGCGAGCACAGAAGCUUGCCUUGCAGCAGGAGCAGCAGCGUCAGCAACAGCAACAGCGUGAGCAACAUGCUCCGCGCACCCGAUCCCACGUGACUGUCACCCCUGCGGGUAACGAUGCUCCUCGCCGUACGAGCCCCAGGAAGGCCCUGCAACCGGUCAACAACGGUGCAAAUGCCUCCAUAGACCUGGACAAGGAGAGGGGUUCAAAGAGUCACUCUGCUGUCAUGGAACGUCAACCAUCGUUCCCUCCCAUGCCGAAGCGAGGCGAUCUAGAAUUUGUCCGCCCACCGCAGCUACACAUGGCUCGCGAACCAGCAGCAUCCGGGAUACAGAGAUCCAAUCUGACUUCGGCAAUCCAGUCACAGAUGAUUUCUUCAACGGCGGGCACUGGAGUCAAAGCCGGUACGAGCAAAGAGGUGCAUCAUCAAUUACAGCGUCAGGUCCUUGAGCGCACCCAUACCGGAAGCCUUUCUGUAGGCUCUAUUCCGUCCUCUCACCGCAUGAAUGACCUUGCCGGAGUUCUGAAGAGUGCCCGGGGUCCUGCUCCACAAAGGGCAGCCAAAAGCAAAGCUCAAGAAAAGUUGGGCGGAAUACAAGAAGAGGCAGACUCCCAUGCCGAUGACAUUGCAGCUGAACGGACUACGCAGACGUCGAGGAGGAGGAAGACUAUUAAGAGAGAUCCCAAGCCAGGGUACUGCGAGAACUGUCGUGACAAAUAUGAAGACUUUGACGAGCAUGUUGUGUCCCGCAAGCACCGAAAGUUUGCAAUGACUCAGUCGAAUUGGGCAGAGCUGGACGCCCUUCUCGCAAAACUCCAAGCAUGUUGA